CCUUCUUCUCUCUUCCUCACAUUCCUCACCAAACUCCAAACACAUACACCCACACGUACGCACACAUAACAAUGUCUCCUUUCAAAAUAUUCCUCUUCUCAGCUCUCCUCGCGGCGGCGUUUUUAGCCUCCGCCGCUGACUUCAACAGCGACGUCAACGUGGCUUGGGGAAACGGCCGUGGGAAGAUACUCAACAACGGCCAGCUUCUUACUCUCACCUUAGACAAAUCAUCUGGUUCUGGUUUUCAAUCCAAAACAGAGUAUUUGUUCGGUAAGAUUGAUAUGCAGAUUAAGCUUGUUCCUGGUAACUCAGCAGGCACGGUCACAACUUUCUACCUGAAGUCUGAAGGAUCUACUUGGGAUGAGAUUGAUUUUGAGUUCUUGGGUAAUAUGACUGGAGAUCCUUAUACUCUACACACCAAUGUUUACACUCAAGGUAAAGGUGACAAAGAGCAACAGUUCCAUCUCUGGUUCGACCCAACAGCCAAUUUCCACACGUACUCAAUCCUCUGGAACCCUCAAAGAAUCAUAUUAACUGUCGAUGACACACCGAUUAGAGAGUUUAAAAACUCUGAAUCUCUAGGUGUUUUGUUUCCAAAGAGCAAGCCGAUGAGGAUGUACGCAAGUUUAUGGAACGCAGACGAUUGGGCAACUAGAGGCGGUCUGGUUAAAACAGAUUGGUCCAAAGCUCCAUUCACUGCUUCUUACAGGAACAUUAAGAUUGAUGGUUGUGCUCAUUCAAACGGAAGAUCGUCUUGUACCUCGACGAAACCAACCUCUACUUGGUACACUCAAGAAAUGGAUUCGACAAGCCAAGCUAGACUCAGAUGGGUUCAGAAGAAUUACAUGAUCUAUAAUUACUGUACGGAUACUAAGAGGUUUCCACAGGGAAUCCCUAGGGAAUGUGCAACAAGGUCAUAGAAGCUUUAAGAGAUCAUAUACAUUUUUAUCUAUUUAUCCUCCUCGGCUUUCUUUUCCUUUAUAUGUAAAGUACUCUGCUUCUUCUUUAGUUACUUGUGUGUUGAUUCUUUCGAUUGUGUGUAUCUUUGUCCAAUAAAAGCAAAUUAAAGGUGUGUCUACAUAUAUAUGUUAAGAGAUUGUCUAUUGUAAACAAAAAUGUGUUUAUGCAAAUGAUAAUAGUUGCUCAUUCUUUCA